AUGUUCUCAAAUCCUGGUUUAAAUUUGCCUCGGAUCAAUUUACCUCAGCAAGCAAUUCGACCUGUUUUGGCUCCAGAUGUAUCGAGAUUUGGUUGCAGCAGCUCAUCUGGCACUGUUAAUAUGCUAUCAACGACGGGCGGAAAAGCAGCACGAAAUGUUCCUCCAUUAAUUGUUUCACACAACACAUCUAAUCUCUCAGCAAUGAGGCCACUGCUUCCCGUAUCUAAUUCAUCAGAACAGAUAUCCGAUGUUCAGUGUCGACCAUAUCGAAAUGUUGUUGGUUGUCCAAAACCUUUGUUUUCUGAUAUAGAAAGGUACCAAUGGUCAUCAGCAUCAACAGUCGAAAGGUCGCAAUUUGUAAGAACACCGGGAAGUAGGAAUAGCCGAUCAUUGCCGAGUCUGAGAGACGUUUCUCGUGUUGCAGUAAAGCAGAACUUACAUAUAAGAGAAGCUGGAGUAUCCGAUGAUACGGUUUGUACGUUAACGUCAGACUGUGGGAUAUCCGCUGCUGAACCAAUAGAUAUCAGCGAUGAAGAUUUCAAUUAUGUUGGUAAUGAGGAAGAGCACGCAGAACACAAGAGCAAUAAAUGGAACACGACGAAAACACGAUAUAGGAAACGAAGACAUGAACAAUCUAGUAGUGGCGAAAGCGAAUCAGAGCAGGGUAAAGACAUCCCUCGUUGGCAGAAGUUGACAAAGGAAGAUUUUGUUGACACAAUAUUAAGCGAUACGGAUGACGAAAUUGACCAGGUUGAACAGACUGUGGCAAUGAGUGGCUUCCAUUCGCGGAGUAUUCCUGAAGAAAAAUUUUAUUGCAUUAACGAUGUCGGUGAUUGCUGUGCUACCGAAGAAUUGAAAAAGUUACAUAAAAGAUUCAGAAUAGAGAUUAUAGAAAAAAUCGCGAAGGAAAAAGAAAGUCAACCGAAAUCCGAUCCUCCGAAUAUUCUUGCAUUUCAUGACAACUGCAAAUGUGGUCAUCACUCGGAUACUGAAACUGAAUCAGAAAGUUGUGAUUCCGAUGAUUGUGUUGAUGACAGUGAUGAGAGAAGUGGCAACGUAUCUGUUGACGAACAGCAAACUGAUAGUAAAGAUAAAAUUACUCGUGUAAAAAUGAGUGAAUCCAAAAAGCAUAGCACCGUUGCGAAACAAGAGGUCAUUAGAAAACGUAACCAUCCAGCCAUUCUUCACAGUGAUGUUUGCUUCAAUGAAAUUGGUCAAAUGAAUGAUGGACCAGAAUGUCGCUGUUCAUGGGCAGCUAAAAAAUCCGGCUUACGUCAUAAUAAAUAUGCUGGAGAGACUGUUAUAGAAAAAUGUGAUCUAAGCUCAAGCAAUUCGCAUCGUUUAUGGCACUAUAUACUUUAUACUGAACCUAAUCCAAAUACUGUUGUUCGCCGUUCAACAAAAAUUAACCACCGUGGUAGGACUUAUGAACUGGAAGGCUUUUCUGUUUUUUUUCACAAGUCCCUUCCAUCGAAUUUUCCCCAAACACCAUUGUCAAAAUGGACAAGUGAAUAUAACAUUAAAUUUAUGGAGGAAAAUAUUCCAACGAAUUUUACAAUAGAAGACUUAGAAUUAUUCCAUCAUUAUUUAUUUACCGAUAUUAUGGAAAUGUACGAUUUAAAAAAAUACCCUUUGGAUAACACUGAUGGUUGUCCUUAUUACCAUUGUAUGCCAAGAUUUGUUUACAACCUUUCAGAUGGCGGGAAGGAGAUAUUACCAAUGUCUGUUGUAAUGACUUAUCUGAUUGAGAGCUAUCAUUGUCUUAUGACAGAGUCCGAGGCGCAGAUUCUUAAACAUGAUGCUGAUGCUUUUCGCGAUUUUGCUGAAAAUGUCCGUGGCUCCCUGGUUAUGAAUGCAAGUAAGAGGCCAUCGACAAUUCGGGUAGAUCUCAUUGAUAGGCCAGAUUUUUUGCCUAACAAUUCGGAUACUCUCUUUCCGUUGAUUACUCACUUUGGUAUGAGGCCUUCUUCCCAUACUUAUAAUUCAAAUGCAGAGUAUCAAAAAAUGUCCAAGGAAUACUUGCGAAUGCGCAAAAUUCUUGCAAUGAAGCCACGUGUAAGUGCGGAGGAAAGAGGAAAACUUGCACAGAAAGCUUCACAAUUAAAAGCAUUGCGUAAUGAUAGUCAGCUAAAGCGUGAUUUUGUUAUGUCAGUGUCAUCUCGCAGCUUCUAUAGUACAGGACUAUUUCCCGAUAUUGUGCAGCAUGGUUUGCUCCUAAUUCUUGCAUGUGCACAUGUGCGUUUUCAAUGGUCUUUACAAGUAUAUGAGCAAGAACGCAUUCACUAUGUUUUCAAGAACCGUUCGCUUUUGGAACUGGCAUUGACCCAUCCAUCAUAUCGUACUAAUUAUGGUACUAAUAGCGAUCAUGCUCGUAAUACUCUUAACAAUUGUGGUGUACGUUCUUCCAAGCAAAGAGUGCAUGAUCGUUUAGUGCAACAGCAGUUAAGUGCUAAGAAGCGAGGUUUUCAUACCCUAAUGGAAAUCAUGUCGAAAUUGGGUUCAAAAAAAGCGGAACAAUCGCCAUUAAAUCAUAAUGAACGACUCGAAUUUUUGGGCGAUGCUGUUAUUGAAUUUAUUACUACUAUUCAUUUGUUUUAUAUGUUCAGCGAACUUGAUGAAGGCGGUUUGGCCACUUACCGUUCAACAAUGGUUCAAAAUAAAAACCUUGCUUUGCUUGCUAAGAAGAUAGGCCUGGACGAGUUUAUGUUGUACGCGCAUGGACCUGAUUUAUGCCAUGAAUCUGAUCUUAGACAUGCGAUGGCAAAUGCUUUUGAAGCAAUGAUGGCUGCAAUUUAUCUUGACGCUGGAAUCGAUGAGUGUGAUAGAAUUUUUGGUCACGCCAUGUUUGCUGAUUCGAAGGAAUUACUUUCUACAUGGUUUGAUUUAGAAGAUCAUCCUUUAAAGCGAGAUAAUCCAAAUGGUGACCGUCAUUUGAUAAAUGGUGUACCGGCGCUUCAGCUGCUCACGGAAUUAGAGAAAAACAUCGGAAUUACAUUCAAACAUAUAAGAGUGCUUGCUAAAGCUUUCACUAGAAGAAAUAUUGGCUUCAAUAAUCUUACUUUAGGCCACAAUCAACGUUUGGAAUUUCUUGGGGAUACGGUUCUGCAGUUGAUAACAACGGAUUAUCUUUAUAAGCACUUUCCAUACCAUCAUGAAGGUCAUUUAUCAAUAUUGCGCACUUGCUUAGUUAGCAACAGAACACAAUCUGUAAUUUGUGAUGAUAUUGGCAUGACGAAAUAUUUGGUAACGCCAAAAGUUAUGCAAAAAAGUGGGAUGCCAGUGUUAAGAGUAAAAGACAAGGCUGAUCUUGUUGAGGCAUUUCUUGGUGCUCUUUACGUUGAUCGUGGAUUUGAUUAUUGCAAAGUUUUCUGUAGAAUUUGUUUCUUCCCCCGUUUAAAAUUUUUUAUUAUUGCUCAGCACUGGAAUGACCCAAAAUCACAGUUACAACAGUGUUGCUUAACUCUACGACAAAUGGAUGGUGGUGAACCAGACAUCCCGGAAUAUAGAACAAUAGCUGUUGAAGGUCCAACUAAUACGAGAAUAUACAAAGUUGCCGUUUAUUUCAGAAAGAAACGAUUAGCAGUAGGAUGUGGACAUACAAUGCAGUUAGCUCAAAUGCGUGCUGCGGAGAAUGCCUUGAUAAAAAGAUCUGAUCUCUUUCCAACGCUGAAAAAUACAGCAAAACAUAGUGGAGUACAAAACAGACGUGAAAAUGGUCUAGGUGCCAAAGUGAAAUGCGAACUGGCUGAUCGGACAAAACAACGUAUGCUGUUCGACUCAACUCAUGUUUUGCAAUCGGACUUUGCAACUGGGUCAUCACUCACUGAUGGAAAUGCGAAUUAG